AUGUCAUCGCCCUUUCUGCCGGCUUCGCUCUCCGAAGACUCAAGCCACUUCGACUAUCCCGCGCCGUGGGACGAAGCACGACAAGAUGCAGAUGCGGAGGAGGCGGAGAGGACGAAAAGGGCGGAACUCUUCGCCAAACAGCACCUGGAGAUCACGGAUCGGGUCCUGCAGGCCCACCUCACGGUGCAGCGCACAGAGGAGAUCAUCGACCUCGUGUACGAGACCUUCCACCACAACGUCCUUUCCGGCCUCGAUCUUGCGCUGCCGCUGGAGACCAGAAUUUGGCGGGCACGAGGCGCCGCGAAUGCCAUGCUGCGUGAGCUCUUGCCCAGUUGUCCUGCGGUUGUAGUGGACCGCGGGCCCUCAAAGCCGCGUUCUUCUCCAUACUGUCGACCCCAACCGGCGACGGCCGCCCGACACAGCGACAAGUCCGGCUCUUUACUGAGGCAGUCGCAGACGCCUUCCCUCCCUUCCUCCUUCUCAUCCGUCUCCGACCUGUCACCGCCUGCGAGCGACGUGAACGACCCGGCCCCCAACCAGUCACCAUCGCGGGCGCCAUCCUCCCCUGCUAGGACACCUUCCCCCGAUUGGACGUCGUCCGAGUUCCAGCGGCGCCUCAAAGCUCUUCCUGACCCAGCGUUCUGCACCGCAGCCCCCAUGCAGAGCGCUGUCCCGCCAAGUCCCCUCCCGCAGGAGAGCCCGGUGGAGCUCCUCACCACGCACCCCAAGCCCUGGUACACCAGGCAAACAGUGGCGUGGGACCACCGAGAGAAGCCUGAGGAUAUCACGACGAGGAACUCUUCCAACAAACUUACAAAAACUCGGUAUGACUGGUGCAGGACGCUCUACCUGCCCAACAUCCUCGACGCCCCUGUCCCCUACCUGCCAUCCGUUGCUGGGGCACACUACGCCCAGUUGUUCCGAGGUUGGCGAGGAAACCCGUCGAACCCUCAGCAUCCGAAGGAAGAGCCUGGGUCCAAGGCCUACGAUCUCUACGCUUACAACAUCCUUGAGCGCGCUCUUCCACUGCGCGAUCAAAAGAUGCACGGGUCCCACGGCUCGUUCUUGGACGCGGUUAACGAGUUCUUAAUCCACAACUCGUGCCAAUCGUGGCUGCUCAGGAGGAUGGGUCUCAACACCCUCGUCGAGCGAGAACGCGCGUACUGGUCUUCCGCGUCCAUGGCAGCAGGGCUUUUGGAGGUGGUGGUAUAUCACCUUCACUGCCUCUUGGAGGCUCACGCGUUGACAACUUUUCUGUCGCUCGCGCUGCUCCCUCUUGUUCCCUCGGUUCUGGAGGCCGUCUCUUCAAGCCCAGAUGCACCUCGCUUUGGAUCUCCCCAGCGCAACAUGGCGUUGGACUUCCUCGACAAUCCUCCUGCGUGGGGCGCUUCCUACCGAGGACCCUCUUCCUCGUCCCCCGCUCGGCUCCAGAGUCCAACAGCUCUUCUACACGCACUAUCCUCCCGCAACGAGUGCUGCUUCGUGGUCACCGAGCGCUCGCUGCACGGUUCCUGGGAGGCCUCGUUGGAGCUGACGGAUUCCGUGGGCUCUCUCACCAUCGGGUGGGGGUGGGCCAAGGAAAGGGCAACUGCGAGGGCGGCGGCUGAACGAAGCGCCAUAAGCUACCUUAGCGAGGCGGGUCGCACCGCGCGCAGCGUGAUGGGCGUCCACCGCAGCCGUAUCAAGGUAACAGGGGACCGCUACAAAGCAUUAGUUCCGGAAAUUACGACCUGCGAGUCGGGUUUGAUCAUUGCAACCAUUGUUUUCAACGGAUACAGUGGAGUGGGGGCAGGUCAUAAUGAGGAAGAGGCUGAGGAUAUGGCCUCCUUCUGCUUAGCUCGUCGCAAUCACAUCGACAUCGGGCUCUCAGCCACUGUCGGUGCGACCGUGUACUUCUGA